AAGAGGACGAAAGAGGAAAAUAUCAGCUGAUUCCGUGAUUGAGUCAUUAAUGGGCAUAUGUAGGUGUGUUAAAAUAAUAAAAAAGGUGUGAAACAAUUGACAUUUGUCCCAGUGAUAGACCAACAACUUGUCAAGUGAAAAUGUCGGGGAUUGAUCGAGAAAAUUUUAACCAGAUGUGAAUGAAUCACAAUCAAUCAUGCCUGGAGAACCUCCGGCAUCGUCUGCUGGAAAAUCCAGUGGAAAAGUGAAACGCAUAUCAAUACCUCGUGUCCAGAGCAGUACAGACACAGAAUUUCAAUCGCAAAUGAGUCAAAGUGGAUCAACACCACUUCAAUCAGUUUCUCUGCAUUAUAUCAAUUUUAGAACAGACAAUGAAGAGACAUCAAUACCACCAGUGAUCCAGUCACGAUUGCUCGAGCUAUUUCAGCAGAUACAGAAGGAAUUUGAAAUGAUUUGUCUGGAGAACAUUGGCUUACAGGAGAAGAUUGACAGUCUCAACGAGAGAUUGGAACGCGAGUGCUACGGGUCUGGUGAACGUAGUUUGCCACCUGGUGAUUUCGCUGAUUAUCAAGGAGAUACCAAGAGCUCCGUUAAACAGAAAGCGCCGAUAGUCUCAUCAGCGCAGAAAGUAAAGACAACUCACAAACUGAAAGCCCAGACAAGUAAAAUAGUAUCUUCCUUCAAGAAUCCAACGAUGUCGUGCACAAUGCAGCGUCAGUACCUAGGUCACAAGGACGGUAUCUGGGAGGUGACAGUUGGUCGUUCAGGUCAGCCAAUAAUAGCAACAGCAUCAGCUGAUCAUACAGCCCGAGUGAUGGCAAUGGAGACUGGCAAGUGUCUCCUCCAGUACAUAGGUCACACUGGCUCAGUGAAUUCCGUGAGAUUUCAUCCAACGAUUGAUCUGGCUCUGACCUCCUCCGGUGACUGUUCAGCUCACAUAUGGCAGGCGGCUGUCAAUUGGGAUGCACCACUUCGCCAAUCGUCUUCCGAGGAUCUCUCCACGCUGGACAGAACUCCAACAAAUGCAUCAGCUGUUGAUGACCAGGAGGAGCCCCCAACCCUCAGGACACCCCUCAGGGAACUUCUAGGACACACUGGUGUUGUUAUGGCUGCUGACUGGCUGACAGGAGCUGAUCAACUCGUCACAGCAUCCUGGGACAGAACUGCUAAUCUCUAUGAUGCUGAAACUGGUGAUGUCAUUCACACACUUUGUGGACACGAUCAAGAAUUGACUCAUGUAUCCACACAUCAUGCUCAGAGACUUUGUGUCACCUCCAGUAGAGACAGCACUUUCAGACUCUGGGACUUCAGGGAACCGAUUCACUCCGUCUCCGUUUUUCAGGGACACACUGAAGCCGUGACUUCCGCAAUUUUUACGAGAGAGGACAAAAUAGUCUCGGGGUCCGAUGACCGAAGCGUCAAGGUCUGGGAGUUGCGUAAUAUUCGCAGCCCAUUGGCUACAAUUCGUGGAGAUAGUGCUGCUAAUAGACUGGCAGUAUCAAGUGCUGGAAUUGUGGCAAUACCCCAUGACAAUAGGCAAAUUCGACUGUUCGAUUUGAGUGGUCAGAGGCAGGCGAGGCUUCCAAGGACCAGUAGACAAGGUCAUCGCAGGAUGGUGUGCUCGGUGGCCUGGGCAGAAGAUUCAAACGCAUCCUGCAAUUUAUUCUCCUGUGGAUUCGACAGACUAGUUCUUGGCUGGAGCGUGCUUCCUGUGAAAGAUGCUUGAACCUCCAUCCUCUACCCCAUAACU